ACCUCCCCCUGAAGCUUAGUGGUUUGAUCCAAGUAGCGUGCAUGCUGGGUAAUGCGCUUGAACUUUCACUGAGCAGACGACACUCUCGCUGUCGUUCAAACUGUACUCUCUUCUCGAUAUCACAAGGGGGAGUGCACAUCAUGGACAGUGAGGCAAAGUCUCGACAACGAGUUGCUAAGCAACAUAGAGGCAAUGCAAGGAAUGGUGGUGAGGAAAAGAUAGUUGGAGACAAAGAGUUGAGUUCACGGAAGUCAGCGCUCAGCAUGGUAGCCUGUGUGCUGGCUGGGAUGACAUUCGGUUUUGCAGUGGAAAAAGGAAGAGUGUUUGAGCCGGCCGCUGUCCGAGGCCAGAUGAGCUUCAGCCGUUUCAUCAUGUUGAAGAUGUUCCUUUCGGCAGUGGCAACAGGCAUGGUGGGUAUGUCCAUUGUGAGCAUGCUUCCAUUUGGCAAGUCCAAGUUUGACCAGAUGAGAGUGAAGUUCUUCAGGAAGUUUGUGGGGAAGAGAGGAGUCCUGGCAGCUGGGCUGGGUGGCUUCAUACACGGUGUGGGGAUGAGUAUCUGUGCAUCAUGCCCAGGGGUGCUGUACAUCCAACUGGGGACAGGAACGCCCAACGCAGUGCUAACACUCUGUGGAGCGCUGUCUGGAGCCUUUCUGUACGGCAUGGUUGAGCCAACGGUGGUCAGACUCUCAAAACCCACCGCCGUCGCCCGCAGCAACACGCUGGAUCAGUUCCUUGGCACCCCCUACUUUGUCGCUGCACUGCCCAUUGCUGCAAUGUUGGCUACCUGCGUCUUCGCACUGGAGCUUUUCCAGCCCUGGGGGUCCGAUCUGACGCAGCCCAACAGUGCGGUAGCAUCUGCCCUGGAGCUACGCAUGUUGGCCGGUAGUCUGCAGGGUGUGUUAGUCCUGACCCUGGGGGACACCAUUGGCAGCAGCACCAGCUAUGCAGCCAUGGCCUCCCUUGUCCUGGUCACUGGGGACAUGGAGAGACUAUCGCCCUACCUCAGCGGCUACAAGAGGAGUCCCGCAGCUUGGGCACAGCUGGUGGUUUUAUUCUGAUUCCCAUUUGCACCUUGGGUGCCUGAAUUCUGCACAUACAAAUAAAGCAUCCCCUAACUCCAGACUGAGGUAAGGCAGGUGUUACUAGAGGAUGUGUUUUUUUUACUCAAAGAUCAUUGGUUGGGUUUUAUCUGUGGUAUCUUGUUCACUUAUACGUUUAUAAAACAAUACCUUGCACACAUGUAUACUGAAGGAAUUUGUAAAUCUUAAAGUUAGAUAAUGACCAAUUACUAAGUAAUUAUCACAUGCCUGUAACAUUACACACUAAAGUUUUCUUAGCUGAGUUCUAAUAGAUAGCCAU